CUCCGCCGCAACCUGCAGCCCACGCUCACCUACUGGAGCGUCUUCUUCAGCUUCGGCCUGUGCAUCGCCUUCCUGGGGCCCACGCUGCUGGACCUGCGCUGCCAGACGCACAGCUCGCUGCCCCAGAUCUCCUGGGUCUUCUUUUCGCAGCAGCUCUGCCUCCUCCUGGGCAGCGCCCUCGGGGGUGUCUUCAAGAGGACCCUGGCCCAGUCCCUGUGGGCCCUCUUCACCGCCUCUCUGGUCAUCUCCCUGGUGUUUGCCGUCAUCCCCUUCUGCAGCGAUGUGACGGUGCUGGCUCUGGUCAUGGCGCUGGCGGGCCUGGCCAUGGGCUGCAUCGACACCGUGGCCAACAUGCAGCUGGUGAGGAUGUACCAGCAGGACUCGGCUGUCUUCCUGCAGGUGCUCCAUUUCUUUGUGGGUUUCGGAGCGCUGCUGAGCCCCCUGAUCGCCGACCCCUUCCUGUCUGAGGCCAGCUGCCUGCCGGGCAAUAGCACAACCAACGUCACGUCCAGAAGCCACCUGUUCCGUGCUGCCGGGGUCCUCAGCCAGCAUCAUCACACUGAGACCCAGCUGUGGCCCAACCAGACGGUCACUGGGCUGCCCCAGAAGCACGGGGCCAGGACUCAUGUGUCCUACGCCUUCUGGAUCAUGGCCCUUAUCAAUCUUCCAGUGCCCUUGGCUGUGCUGUUUCUGCUGUCCAAGGAGCGGCUGCUGACCUGCUGCCCCCAGAGGAGGCCGCUGCUCCUGUCUGCAGAUGAGCUGGCCAUGGAGACCCGGCCUCCUGAGAAAGAAGACACCUCGCUGCCCCCGAAGUUCCAGCCACACCCAGGGCCCGAGGAUCUGUUCAGCUGCUGCCGAAGGAAGAACUGCAGAGGCGCCCCUUACUCCUUCUUCGCCAUCCACAUCACAGCCGCCCUGGUCCUGUUCAUGACAGAUGGGAUGACGGGGGAGUACUCUGCCUUCGUGUACAGCUAUGCAGAGGAGAAGCCACUGUCUGUUGGGCACAAAACGGCCGGCUACCUCCCCAGCCUCUUCUGGGGCUUCAUCACCCUGGGCCGGCUCAUCUCCAUCCCCAUCUCCUCGAGAAUGAAGCCAGCCACCAUGGUUUUCAUCAAUAUGGUUGGCGUGUUGGUGACAUUCCUGGUCCUGCUUAUUGUCUCCUACAACGUCAGCUUCCUGUUCGUGGGGACAGCGAGUCUGGGCCUGUUUCUCAGCAGCACCUUCCCCAGCAUGCUGGCCUACACUGAGGACAUUCUGCAGUACAAGGGCUGUGCAACCACGGUGCUGGUGACCGGGGCAGGGAUUGGCGAGAUGGUCCUCCAGAUGGUGGUUGGUUCGCCCUUCCAGUCCCGCGGCAGCUAUAGCUUCCUGGUCUGUGGCAUGAUCUUUGGUUGCCUGGCUUUUACCUUCUAUAUCUUGCUCCUGUUUUUCCACAGGAUGCACCCUGGGCCCUCAUCAGCUUCUACCCAAGACAAACCACUUGGACUGGAAAAUGCUGAGUCCUACCAGAGGUAAAAGCGUGUUGAGGAGAGAAGCAGAGACCUCCAGCUUCUCACACACCGCACGACCAUACUGCGUAAGAAAGCCGCAGUCGGAGG